UGUCCAUAUUGUUCUUGCAAUAUAAUAAUCUGUGACUCUGCAAAACCUUAUUAAAUGACCAAGUCCAUAUCAUUAUAUUGCUUUGCAUCAGAAUAGUUUGUCACUGACUCUUUGUGUGUCUAUCACUGCAACUGACCAUUAUUCUACUGUAAAAUUAGAAUUUCUUGACACAUUUUGCUGAAAAACACAAACUUUGAUAAUAUUCUUUAAAAACAAGCUUGUGUAGCACAUAAGAAGUAAGGAACAAUCCUGCUGAAAAAGUAAAAGUAGAGAAUGUCUAAGAUGGAGGUUGAAGGAAGCCAGGACGAGGAUGUAGAGGGGGAUUAUUUCCAGCAGGCAGGUGGAUACGAGGACCCACCCACUUUUACACUUGGCCAUUCCACUAAGCUACAGGGCAGUCAGGGCUUCCAGGUUCAUAGGACUAGUGAAUUGAGUGGCCCACUGGCAUCUAGUGAACAACAGGAUAGAAGUGGUUCAAGAAUGUUUAUGCAAGGGAUGAUGAGCAACUUUGUAGACUUUCAAACCAUUGUUCCAAGCGUGACAUGUGCCAUCACUCAGACUCAAUCCAUACCAGAGGGUUUUAACGGAUUUAAUGCCCUGUUUUUACAAGGCAACCAUUUCAACCCUGUUCAAGGCUCUAUUCCCACAGCCCCUCGGGAGAUCUUGCCUCACCCCGGGGCAGUAAAGGUGGAGGAGGGUACUGGGGAUAGUGAGGAAGGGGGUGGGAGAGAGGAGGAUAGGCUGGAUAAGCACAAGACCUCCCAUAAGCCCCGGGGAAGGAAGAGCAGAUCUUCUUGCUCAUCAGUUAGUGAUUUGGCAACCCAAUCAGAACUAUGCCUUAAGGUAGAGGACCCCGACCCACCAGUCAUGUCCGAUUCAGGCUUCCAACCAUCACUGGAGGAAAUCCUCGCAGAAAAGAAGAUGGCACUGAUGAGGUCUCCUGAAGUGAUAGCUUUCCUCAAACAGCAGCAGCAGCUGGGGAAACAACAGCAUCUUGCACGCCCAGACUCCUGAUGAUGUCUGUCCCAUAAUGAUACUUGAUUGGUUCUUUUGGAUGUGGUAAAAUAAACUGUCAAUCAAACAACAGCAUCUUGCCUGCCCUCCCACAUUGGCAUGUAGGUUGAACUUGUAAUAAACAUGGUCUUGCUGAAUGAAUAUUGUGGAGUCAACAGUUGAAGAAGCCAAUGGAAUGUUUAAAAUUGGAUAAGUGUCCAUGAAGUGUUGUGAUAAAUGGUGUUGAGAGUUGGGUUUAGUGGAACUGUGUAAGAAGCCAUAGCAUUGUAAGACUUUGCAUAAGAUGCAUGUGUAUUGUUUUUAUGGUACAUGUGAUGACACUGUGACAAUGUCAAGUUAGGGGAUCAAAGGUCAUGGUCACCAGAUUUGACAACAGUCAAGGUUAUUUUUAAAAACAGGUAUUCCAAAAUAUGCAAUGUUUUAUAGCUUAACUGCUGAGAAAGUUGCAAGAAAGUGACCGUUUUCAUAUUGUAACACACAUUGGUAACCAAGUUUUAAUUGACCUUUCAACAGCUAUCUGUAUAACUGGCAUCUGCUGUCAUGAGAAUGCAUACAAGCUUUACUGGAAAUUAUUAUGCAUCAACUCUUAUAUUGUCAAUCAUCCAACUUUGAAGGUAUCUUGUACAUAAUCUCAAAUCACCUCACAGAUCUUAAAUGUUGAAAGGUAAUUAGGCUAUUAGGGGGGUGUUCAAGCAUCUAGUUUCAAUAACAUUAAAAAAAUAGAACAACAGAACCUAUGAUCAGGUUGAAUUACUGUAAUAGCGCUUGUCAUCAACAAAUUUUAACAAGCCCUGCUAAAAAUAAUUGAGAUUUUUUUAGCAAGACCAGAAAGCAGUUUACCAUAGCAGGGCUUACGGGCUUAGGCUAAUUUUGAUCAGUGUAAUAACACUUUUUCUUAACCAUAGCUUUAUUGUUUGUAGGAUUACAAACCUGAUAUAUAGCUCUACCCUCAAAGUGAAGGUCACAUUUGAAGGUCAAUGUUGAUGAAUAUAGAUUAGAAAUAUUUUGUUUUUCAGGUAUCCUUUUGUAACAUUAGGAUUUCAAUCAAACCUUUUUAUUCAGAAUGCGAAACAUAAUUAUACAUUAUUUCUCUUACUUAGGAGACAUUUGUCAUGUUCGGGUGACAGCUCCUUAUGUUAUAAAUUGUGUUUUUUGUGAAAAUUUAGUUAUGUCAGCUUUUUCGUUGCCAUUUAUUUACAAUAUCCAUGCAUAUGUACCUGUACAUGACUUUGAGCAUGUUAUUCUAUUUAACAUGUAUUUCUUUGUUUAAGAAGAAACAAUAAAACCCAAAACAAAAA